AUGUACACUAAAAAAAAAAAUUGUCAAAAAUGCACACUAACCUUUUACAAGUCAGAGGUAUUAAGAAGUUCCGAAAAGUUUCCUGUCUUUGUGAUUGUAACCUAUUUGAAUGAUAUUCGAGUUGCAACGUUUGACAAUAUUACAAAGAUAUAUGAACCUCGGGUACACUGGCUAAAGAAAAAUGUAGACCAGUCUUUCUGGAAUGAACUAAGUCAGGUCAUCCGAAAUUGGGAAGUGUCUUUCAGAUCAAACAGGAAAGCCCUAAUGGGCCAUAUUAAUCAGACUACAGACACUGAUACUUUCCAGGUAACACAUGGCUGCCAUUAUUACGGUGAUGGCACAUCCAGUGGUUUUGCUAAAUAUGGGAUAAAUGGACAUGACUUCAUUGCAUUUGAUUACCACACUCAGACCUGGACUGCGGCAACCCCACAAGCUGUUAUAAUUAAAAACCGAUGGAAUCUCGACACUGUUCGCAUGUAUGACUGGAAGCUAUAUUUUAAGAAGAACUGUGUUGACUGGAUUAAGAAGCAUGUUGAAUAUGUACAGUCCAGACUGGACCAAAAAGAUAAACCAGUGGUGCAUGUAACUGGCCAAACACACUCCAAUGAGAAGUGGAUCAUUUGUACAGUCACUGGCUUUUACCCUAAAGACGUUGAUGUAUGUUUUAUUAAAAAUGGAGAAAUUCGAGUAGACUCAGCAAUGUCAACUGGAAUUUUGCGAAACAGUGAUGACACAUACUACGUCAAGAUAUGGAUAGUGACUGAGCUGCAAGAUGAGAAUAAAUACUCCUGCCAUGUUGAGCAUAGCAGUCUGAGUUCAGUACUGAUUAAAGAGUGGGAACCAGAGCACAAAUCCAACAUUAAUAUCGUCAUCGGGGCUGUUGUUUUCUUCCUUGCUGCUUGUGCUACAUUUGGAGUGUUUAUCUGCAAAAAGAACCUAAAAGGUGGCAAGGACUAUACUCCAGCAAGCCGUACUGACCAAUCAGAAUCAAGUUCCAUGGCUUCUUCCAAUUCUGCUGUGACUUAUGAGAAAUGAAGGGUGAAAAGCUUCCAUGAUGGACAGUUUUGCUAGUUUGAACAGUGUUCAUUUUUGCUGCUGCUUCAGUUGCAUGAAGUACUGUUUGGACGUUAGCAGAGAUAAUAAGGUUCUGAACUGCCUUCUGUAGCCCAUGGCUUAAUACCAUCAGCCUCCAUUUACAUGCUGUGUGACUCUGAGUUAGGGCUUAACCAGGCAGUGUUUUACAGAUCCUGGAAGACUGUUUUUGCCUUCUUAAUGGUUUCCGACCUAGUAACUACCUUUGAGCAUAUUGUAAUAGCACCUUAAGGCAGGACUGAGCUUGUGAAACAUCUUUUGCUAUAUAAAGAUGUCAUUGUGGGUUCUAGCAUUUUCAUAAUCAGUCAGUUUAUGUGUUGAAUACUCAGGAAGUAAACUGCAUUUUUACAUUUUUUGUAUUGUAUGGAAUAUUCUUCCCUCUUGGCAUGUCUUUGUCAUAUCUGACUUUUCAUUCUCACAAGUUAUUGUACUUUUGUUGGCAUAUAAUAUGUUGGCUGUAUUUUCUCUAAAAUGUUUAAGAAAGCCUCAAAGUGAGUCAGGUUGCAACUAAAGUUUUCUUUUUUGGAAAUACAUUAGUCUCUUACUUCAUCCAGGGUAAUUAUCUACUCUGUCUUCACUGCCAAAACAGCAAGAUGACAAUGUAGCCAAGGCAGUUAUCUCCCCUUAAGACCACUAUAAACAAUAAUAUAUUAACCAUGUCAGCUUCUACUAUGCCUAGAUUCUGUGUCAGAAUGGUUAGCUGUUGUUAAAUGUAUAACUCUGUCAAAAAUCUAAAUUAGCUGGCUCAGAUGGUUCUGAAUUCAUCCCUCCCAAAUUAAUUAAACUUGCAGCUCACUCAGUGUCCUCAACCCCCCCCCCCCCAGGUUAUUCAUCAAUAAACUUAUCAGAUAGGGGUAUGUCCAAAACUGUUCAAGAAAUAUUUUCUUAACUUAUUACAUAAAGUGUGACCAUUCUGAGAUAUCAGUAACUACAAGCCUGUAGUUAUUUUAAAUAUCCUUACCAAGGUCAUGGAAGGGGGUCUUUAUCAGCAACUACCCCUUCAUUUAGAAUAAACAAAGUACUCAACUAUGCCCAACAUUGUUUUUUGGAAGCAGUCCUCAAGAAGCAGCAUCCUACUGUCCACAGAGGAGUACACACAAGAAGGUCUAUAUAAUGGUGAAGCAUUUCUGGUCAUGUUCCUUAGCCUUUACAAUUUGCUUGACAAUGUAAGUUACAAGAGUAUCAUCUGUCAGCUACCAAAAAUUUGGAUUUAGCAAUAAUGUUCUAAAAUGUUUGACAAUUAUCUUCACAACUGAAAUUUACUGCUUGGAACAUAUUUUUUUUAGAACGGCAUCUCUAAGGCCUUUAUUCUGAGCCAUCACUUCUCAGUUUAUAUAAAUAUUUCCAUCUCAUUGUCCUGAUGCAUCAUCCGAUAUGCAUAUUACACAGAGUUCCCAUACAGUACAAAUCCCUAGCCAUAGCACAGUAGGAUGUCUAGGAAUGUUUCUCUGUGCUGGAUGGUUAAUAUCUUCUGACCUUCUUCUCAGUGCCAACCAGAAUAAAUUGUUUUUGUUUUGUAACAAUCUGUUUGCCAAAAGUUCACUUCAUAAAUCUUUUUUCCUCCAUUCCAUACCCACAGUUGACCAUCAGCUGCUACCAGCUCCUCCACUUAUUCUUUGGGCCUACAAGACCUGCAUUAGCCACCUCCUGAUUCAACCUAACCCUAUGUAGGGACAGUGAGGAGAUCAAGGAUACUGGCAUAGCAAUAUGCUGGUGUGGAGAGAAACGACACUAGUGCAGCAUCAUACUGCUGCCAGGAAGUAUAUUGUAACCUCUCCCACCCUUGGCAGCCAUGCACUUUACAUUAGGUGGUGCUUCAGCAGGUGCAUGUGCACUUCCAUGCAAGCUCAACCUGUGACUAUGCGGUACACCUGCAUUGUAGCACAGAGCUGACCAUGCUCAUAACACUGCUAUAUAUUACAUCCCCUAUUAUGCCAUUCACCACACCCAAGCAGCCCAUCCAAUGCGCAUGCUGCUGGUCAAGCACAGGUACUCUAGGUCACAGAAAGGGCUUUAUCCCUCUGCACCACAUGAACAGAACCACUACAGGCAUCUGUACUAAAAGGGUUAAUCGUGAUAAAUAUUGAAUACCUUGGUAUAAUGCCAGAUUUGUUUUGGGUGUUUAUAUUGAGUCCACAUUAAAAAAUUGAAACCAUCUGUUUGCAUCUUAUACCUCAUAAAAUAAUGUAUUUUGCUGACCACUAGGACUAAACAGCCUCACUGUUCUUAAAACUCAUCUAAGGAAAUGCUGUUCUUACUGUCCCUUUUUCCCCACUAAAUAAAUCCAGAAUAGAAAAAAAUCUGUAAGUAGUCUUCUAGAUUUCUUCUUCUAGAACUUACCACUGCCAGUUAUAUAACUCGACAUUAAGUAUCAUUUACCAGCAAACUAAAUACCGCUGGCAUUAUUUACACUCUGCACAUUAUAAUCUCCAUCCUCCAGAUCACUCUAUAAUGUCUCCUUCCUUGCCUUUUUCUUCCCAGGAAAAAACCUUCAUUCCUUUGGAGCUGAUGUCAUAAGCUAAAGUAGAAACCACAAUUCAUUUGGGGAUCGUAGCUUGGAAUCAACUCUCGUGUAACAUAUAUCAUAGUAACACAUAAUUCAGGGGGAAAAAACUACUGCCUGACUACUUCUCCAUUACAAAAUACUUAUGUUACAAGAGCUAGAAGUCAUUGUUACUUCACAAGAAGUAAAUCUGGUGUCUAUGUUUUCUGUUCGUGGGAUAGGAAUGACUUUGAUUAUUAUUAAAGUAAUCUUCUCCAUGCCUUCCUGAUGUCCUUGUGUAUCUGGUAAAUGUAAUAGUCUUACUGACUCGACACUGUGUCUCCUGCAUUGUUUUAUGUUUGGAAAUUGUAAUAACUCUAGUGAGCCUGCCUUUUGCUCUAAGCAGUUUACUGCUAUGUUGAGCGUUUUUUUCUGAUUGUAUUACCUCUUUGUUUGGAUUACCUCAAAUGAAAUUCAUUGUACUUUGUUAGACCCGUUCACUUGUUUUCGCUUCAGUUGUAUAACUUUAUAUGGAUCUUUUCUCUGCGAGUCCACAAUGAAAAUGGGCUUCAGGCCAGUUGGACAAUCUAGUCAAAAACAUACAUACUUGUAUACAUGCAUAUUUACAUGUGUACAUAUGUAAAUACAUAAAAGCAUCAAGACACCAAUAAUUCAAAAAGCUCAAAAAAAAAACAGAAUUACUUUUUUCUUCAGAGGUAAUCUUUUUUGGAAGAGUUAAUAGUUCACAGAAAUCAUUCUGCACUGAAGUUAAUACAUGUAUUAAUCUGGUUUAAUUUCUCCAAGUCCUUUGGGUUUCUAAUACCACGAUGGGAAUGGAUCCCAUUCCUAAGCCAAAGAAUGAUUAAAGUCUGUGAAAUUA